AUGGCCAAAUUAUCUUUAAUCCUUUCCAUCGCUUUGGUUCUUAUUGCCAUCACCUUUACUUUAGCCAUGCCUAUGCCCGGUAAAAGUGGUAAAGGUAGUGAAGGUAAAAGUAGUAAAGGUAGUGAAGCAAGGUAUGGAAAUAAUGUAGGCAACAACUACAACAACAACAAAAACAACAACUACAACAACAACUACAACAACAACAAAAACAACAACAAAACAACAACAAAAACAACAACAAAAACGACAACUUCAAUAACAACUUCAAUAACAACUUCAAUAACAAUGGCAACAACAACGGCAACAACAACGGCAACAACAACGGCAACAACAACGGCAACAACAACUUCAACAACAACGGCAACAACAACUUCAACAACAACGGCAACAACAACGCCAACAACAACGGCAACAACAACGCCAACAACAACGGCAACAACAACGCCAACAACAACAUGA